CCCAUACCUCUGUGUGUACAAGAGGCAGAGCUCAGGUCCAGGCUGCAGGCAUUCAGCAGUCAUGUGGCUCUAUAUCAUCCUCGGGGGCUCUGUCAUCUUUAUCCUCCUCAAGACCUGGCUGGGAAGCCGAGGACCCAACCCCUUGGCUGUGGACACCAGGAGGCCCCCUGGACCGGUGGUGUUUGAUAAAGAUGCGAAGAGAAAAGUGAUCAAGAAUGUUUUCUCCACUGAUAAAGUCCCGGAGAAGCUGGAUGCCAUCGUUAUCGGCAGCGGGAUCGGAGGGCAAGGAGUGGCCGCUCUGCUCUCCAGGGCUGGGAAGCGGGUGCUGGUCCUGGAACAGCUGGGGAAGCUAGGAGGAUGCUGCCAUACGUUCAAUGAGAAGGGAUACGAGUUCGAUGUGGGAAUACACUACAUUGGGCAACUCAAUGAACGCUCGCCGUUUCGGAUAUUGGUGGAUCAGCUGACGGAUGGGCAGCUGCAGUGGUCACUAAUGGACGACCCGUUCGAUGUGGUACUGAUUGGGGAUGUUACAAACGGUCGCCGCUAUAAUAUGCGCACUGGCAUGAAGACUUAUACUGAUGAGCUGAAGAAAGCCUUUCCAGGAGAGGAGAAUGCCAUUGAAAAUUUUAUGAAGCUGGUCAAGAAAGUCUCCAAUCGUAUCAGUGAUAUGGGUGUCCUGAAGUUCCUGCCUCUGCCCAUUGCCCGAUUCUUGUGCAGAACUGGCCUGGCGAAGUGGUUCUCCCCGUUCCUACGCUACGCUUCUCGCAGUGUGGCUGAGGUCAUCAGCGAGUUCACCAACAAUAAGGAACUGCAAACUGUGCUGAGCUACAUCUUUGGCACCUAUGGCGUUUUCCCAGAUAAAGCCAGCUUUGCUCUACAUUGUGUAUUGAUCGACCACUACAUGCGUGGAGCUUGGUACCCGACUGGAGGUGCCAGUGAAAUCACAUACCACCUGGCGCCAACAAUAGCCAAGGCCGGGGGCGCUGUGCUGUCAAGAGCCACAGUGGAGAAGAUCCUCCUCAAUGGAGACGGCAGAGCAUGCGGUGUUUCUGUCAGAGGAAAGGGCAUGGAUCCGGUGAAUAUUUUUGCUCCUGUUAUCAUUUCUGAUGCUGGAAUUUUUAAUACAUAUGAGAAACUUCUACCUCCUGAGGUCAGAUCCCUCCCAGAGAUCCAGUCCCAGCUGAGUAUGGUGAAGCACGGCAAAGGGGGCUUCAGCCUGUUUAUUGGCAUUAGGGGCUCUAACGAAGACGUGAACCUCCCCGCCUCUAAUUACAUCUACCUACCUGAGUCCGACCUGAAGAAGCUGGAGAAAGAGUAUUUUGAUGCUUCUGCAGAAGAUGCUCCAAAUCAUAUCCCAAUGUUGUAUAUUUCCUCCCCUUCCGCAAAAGAUCCAACCCAUGAGGAGCGCUGUCCAGGGAAAUCCACACUAACUGCACUCUCCUUCGCCCACUACGAAUGGUUUGAGGAGUGGAAAGACAAGAAGGUGCAGAAACGUGGGCAGGAUUAUGAACAAGUGAAGAAUGCCUUUGCUGAGGCCAUGCUGGAGACCACCAUAAAGAUCUUCCCACAGAUCCGGGACAAGAUUGAUUGCUAUUCCAGUGGUUCCCCUAUUACUAACAACCACUACCUUGGUGCCUCACGGGGAGAAUUCUAUGGGGUAGAACAUGAUAUUUCCAGGAUGAACCCUGAAGUUAUAGCAACCUUGAGACCCAAGACGCCUAUAAAAGGACUUUACCUGACCGGUCAAGAUGUCCUACUCUGUGGAUUUGCCGGAGCUCUCAAUGGGGCAGUCUUGUGCGCAUCGGAAGUCCUGGGACGGAAUGUCUUUUUCGACCUUCUGAAGCUACGACACCAGAUCCUGAAAAACACUGCUAAAAAGGCGAAUUAAUAUUGUUCACUACAAAGCACUUUGAUGGAAGAAUCCUUCACCGCAGUGUCUCCUUG